UUCUAUAAUUCAACCUGAAAUCGCCACUCGCUCUUCCUUUUCAGUUCUCACGCGCACCUCCCUUUUCCCUCUCUUCUCUUCUUCCUCCCUCUGUCCACUGCCCGGCGCAGCAGUGGAGUCUCACGCUCCGGCCACGCCCUCUUUCAUCUUCUUCGCCUCGAUCCGGUGCGGCUAUGGGCACGGAUUCGAUGUCCUCCGACGCCAGCAGCAGCCUCGAUGAGCAGAUCUCGCAGCUCAUGCAGUGCAAGCCGCUCUCCGAGCAACAGGUUAGGGCAUUAUGUGAGAAAGCCAAAGAGGUUCUAAUGGAAGAGAGCAACGUACAGCCUGUGAAGAGCCCAGUAACAAUAUGCGGAGAUAUUCAUGGGCAAUUUCAUGAUCUUGCAGAACUUUUCCAAAUCGGAGGGAAGUGUCCAGACACCAAUUAUCUGUUUAUGGGAGAUUAUGUGGACCGGGGAUAUUAUUCUGUUGAAACUGUCACGUUAUUAGUGGCUCUAAAGGUUCGUUAUCCUCACCGGAUUACCAUUCUUCGAGGAAAUCACGAAAGUCGUCAGAUCACUCAGGUUUAUGGCUUUUAUGAUGAAUGUUUAAGGAAGUAUGGCAGUGCUAAUGUAUGGAAGACUUUUACAGAUCUUUUUGACUAUUUUCCUUUGACUGCCUUGGUUGAGUCUGAGAUAUUUUGCCUCCAUGGUGGGUUGUCCCCAUCCAUCGAAACCCUUGAUAACAUUCGAAACUUUGACCGUGUUCAAGAGGUUCCUCAUGAAGGCCCAAUGUGUGACUUAUUAUGGUCUGAUCCAGAUGAUCGGUGCGGCUGGGGGAUUUCACCUCGGGGUGCUGGCUAUACAUUUGGUCAGGAUAUUUCUGAACAAUUCAAUCACAUGAAUAAUUUGAAGUUGAUAGCUAGAGCUCAUCAACUGGUCAUGGAUGGAUUUAAUUGGGCUCAUGAACAAAAGGUGGUUACUAUAUUUAGUGCACCUAACUAUUGUUAUCGCUGUGGGAACAUGGCCUCAAUUCUAGAGGUCGAUGACUGCAGGAGUCAUACAUUUAUUCAGUUUGAGCCAGCACCCAGAAGAGGAGAACCCGAUGUCACUCGGAGAACGCCGGAUUACUUCUUAUAAGGCAGCUAAGUCGAAUCCUUCCCCUGUAUACCAUAACGGGUUGUGCAUCAAUGUAGGCAGAGAACCUGUGAACUUAUGCUGCCAUUGCCAUGCAUUGGUGGCUUUGCCUGCGAGCCAAGACUCUUUACAUAGAAAAAUCUCUGAUUUGUAUUUGAAGAUCAAGACAUCCUCGAGACACAAAGAUAUUCAACUUUCUUUUGCCCUCUCGGUCCUUUUCUUCCCACCCUAUAAUAUCCUCUCAAGUAGUUUUGUUUUGGUACAACACUUUGAUAUUGUAGUAAAUUAUUAUAGUGCUGGUGUUUUUCCUCUACUAGGUGUAAGCUAGUUGGUAUAUUAGUUCUUGUUAUGUUUGAAAAAGGCUGUUAAAACUAUUGGAAUUGUUACUUUUUGUUUCAAAAAAUUUAGUAUGAAGUAUAAUUUUGACCAUA